GCGGCGGGAAGAUGGUGCUGAUCAAGGAGUUCCGAGUGGUUUUACCUUGCUCAGUGCAAGAGUAUCAAGUUGGGCAACUUUAUUCUGUGGCAGAAGCUAGCAAAAAUGAAACAGGAGGUGGGGAAGGAAUUCAGGUCUUAAAAAAUGAGCCUUAUGAACAGGAUGGAGAGAAGGGACAAUAUACUCACAAAAUCUAUCAUUUAAAGAGUAAAGUCCCUGGGUUUGUAAGGAUGAUUGCUCCAGAAGGGUCCCUGGUGUUCCAUGAGAAGGCCUGGAAUGCAUAUCCCUACUGUAGAACAAUUGUGACAAAUGAAUACAUGAAAGAUGACUUCUUCAUAAAAAUUGAGACCUGGCAUAAACCAGAUUUGGGAACAACAGAGAACGUUCACAAUUUAGAUCCAAACACAUGGAAGAGUGUUGAGGUUGUCCAUAUUGACAUUGCAGAUAGAACUCAAGUAGAACCAGGGGACUACAAAGCUGAUGAAGAUCCUGCAUUAUUCCAGUCAGUUAAGACGAAGAGAGGACCUCUGGGGCCAAACUGGAAGAAGGAGCUAGCAACUGAUGAGGAGUGUCCCAAAAUGUGUGCUUACAAAUUGGUGACCAUCAAAUUUAAGUGGUGGGGACUGCAGAACAAAGUCGAAAACUUUAUACAAAAGCAAGAAAAAAGGAUAUUUACCAACUUCCACCGCCAGCUGUUCUGUUGGAUUGACAAGUGGAUUGAGCUGACUAUGGAGGACAUCAGGAGAAUGGAGGAUGAAACCCAGAAGGAGCUGGAAGCGAUGCGUAAGAAGGGUUCCGUUCGAGGCACUUUGGCUGCGGACGUCUAGAGGAGUUCUCUGUAGGUUCUGAGGCAAAACGAGCUGUCUGCGUAACCAAGGCCAAGUGAGAGGAACGAGCGCUGCCAAUGACGAGUGACGCCGGACGGACGCCGGUGCCGGACCUUGGCCGUGUGUGUGGGUGCAUGACUCUGUAUAUAACUCCACACACACAUGCAGACAGAAGGGGUGGUUACAGUGUCUCUGGGUGCUAUACCUGUCCUAGCAAAGAUUCCAAGGAAACUGCUUUCAUUAUGUAUACCCCAAGCAAAUAAAAAAUCAACUGAGUAGUGUCAUUUAAAGGA